AUGGAUUACAAUUAUGUUACAUUUUCCUUGUACAUAUAAAAAUUGUGAUAUGAGUAAAAAGAGGACUGUAAACUGAAAUUAUAUUAAAAUGUUAACUUAAUUAUGGUUAUUAUCACAUUUUAUGCCUUAAAAUGUAAAAAUGUCAUUGUGUAUGUGACACAGUGUUUUAUUUUCACCGUUUUCUCACAGUAGAUAUAUGAAAUAUAAAUCUUAUAAAAAUGACUCAUUUUGAUAAAGAUACGUAUAUUGAAUGUUUACCAGUAACUGUAUACAAUGAGAUAGUUAAUGCAUUGAAUAAAGAUGCAGCUUGGAUAACGUUAGCAAAUCAUGUAGCUGAAGAGCUUCAAUAUCCAUGUACUCUGUGGAUACAAUCUUUAAACGAGAUCAAACAUCCAAAUGAUUCUCCUGGGCAAAAGCUACUUUCUGAAUUAAGUAUUAAAAUGUGUACUAUAGAGAUUUUACAUACUUUAUUAAGCGACUGCAAGCUUUAUAACAUUCUUUCAAUUAUAUCUGACCCAGAACCUUUGAGCAUUAUUAUGCAUCCGACAGAGGAAUUUCAAACUAGCAUUUUGAAAGUAUCAUUUGGACAUCGUCUUCAUCUAUGCUGUAAAGCUGUUGGAAUGCCGUUACCAAAUUACAUAUGGUACCAUAAUGAUAAUGAAUUGCAACACUGUACUUCUGAUGUGCUUGAUUUUAUUAUAAUAAGUGCUUCUCAAGCAGGAGAAUAUAGAUGUAAGGUAUUUCAAAUUAAAAAUGAUGGAACUCUCAUAUCAGCUUUGACUUCAAAGGCUAUAACUGUACAAAUUUUUUCUAUACCUGUUGUGAUAGAAGAACAACCACAGCCGCUUUUAGAAGUUAAAGAAGGUGAAAAUUUUACAAUUCGUUGUAAAGCCAAUAGUUAUUCAAAACCACGUUACCAAUGGUUCCAUGAUAAUACUAAACUAGAAGGAGAAACGUCUAACAUUUUGCAUGUAAAACAAUUUAGUUUGAAGAAUGAAGGAAAAUAUUAUUGUUAUAUUUGUAACGAUAUCAGUGAAAUUUAUACGCAAAGAACUCGUGUAAUGAUGGAUCUUCCAAAAUUUAAAGCAGUAGCAAAAAUAGCUUUGGUCAUUGCAAAUGAAGAGUAUGAGAACCAUGAAUGUCUUUUGACAUCUAAAAAUGAUGCUGCAUGCAUUGGUAAUCUUCUUAAAGAAAUAGGAUUUGAAGUAAUUUGUCUUCUCAAUUUGACAAUUACUCAAAUGAAAAAUGCAAUAAAAAUAUUUAGCAAAGCUUUAGUUGAAGGAGUGUAUGGCUUAUUCUAUUUUGCUGGACAUGGUUUUAAAAUGCAAGAAAGUUAUAUGCUUGCAACAGAUGCUCCAGAAACAUAUUUAAGGAAAGACGCAAUAUGUGAAAGUGAACUAUUGUCUGCAUUCCUUGAGAAUGAUCCUGAACUAUUAAUUGUUAUUUUAGAUAUGUGUCAAACUUUACCUUCAAAAGAAUUUAAUCCUGAGAUAUACCAUGAGGUACCAACAGUGAAUGUGUAUAAAAGCAAGAAGAAUCUUAGAAAUUUAAUUCAAGCAUACUCUACAUCUAGUCAUCGACCGAGUUAUGAGAAAUUAAAUUGUAAAUAUGGUUUAUAUAUGGAACAUCUCAGCGAAUAUAUUAAUAAAGAUAUAACUGUCACAAAAUUAUUUGAAGAAGUAGGAAAAUCAAUUGAUAGCUGUUUUAAAGGGAAAGAACGGAAUCAAAUUCCAAUGUUUGCUGUCUCUGUUACAAAACCAUUUCGUCUUACUGAUGCUACUUAUAAAAACAAACGUCCAGAUAUCAUUAAUUAUUUAAGUGAACUUAUAUCGUAUUCAUCUCAGACAAUAGAUGUACUGUUUAAACAAGCAAGGAUGUGCAGUAGAGUUAAAAUUUCACUAUUUAUGGAACCAUAUUUAAAUAUAGUAAGAAUCAAAGUACUUGACUUACCAAAUGUAGAAAUUAACUUUUUUAAUUCUAUUCCUGCAAAGCGAAAUAAUUUAUUUCAAGAUCAACACGAGAAAGAGUGUUGGAUUCAUAAUCCUCAAAUCAAUGAGAUUUUUGUUACAGGGACCACUGGUGAUUUCUGUGUCAAAAGAUGGUAUCCCUAUUGGUGCUACAGCAUUGCAUAUAAAAGAUUAUAUACCCUCUCUACUGAAACUUGUAAAUAUUUGAGAAAAGAAACACAGAGAGAAAUACAAUACAAGUAAUUAAACAUAAUAUAGAGAAUAUAUUUGAAAAAACUUUAUAAAUUCUGUUUAAAAUAAUUUACAUAUUUAUAGAACUAUUAAACAAAAUUCUCUUCUCUCAAUAUACAUGCACACUGUGACUUACAAAAAAAAAAGAAAAUAAA